AAUGUUUGUUGCGAUAGUCUUUUGCAAAAUGUGUGGUGAGGUAGUGUGGUAGUAUGUGCGUAGUAUGGCAAUAAAUAGUAAUUAAAGGUUCGUAAUCAGUAAUAACUAAUUGAUAUUGUUAUCUAGUAGCUCUGAGUGAUUUACAUGAACAAAUUUGUGAUACGUGUUUCGUCUUACGGGAGAGACCGGAACAUGAUUGUGAUCAGCUGUUGUGCGCAGUCUCAUAUCGAAGUUUCGUCCUCCGAAAAAAAUAAGGAUACAAAAAUUUAAAACUGUGACAUAAUUGUUCAAUCGUUUAUGAAUAUUUAAUAGUGUAGAAGGCUUCAAGCCGUGAGCCGCACAGACUGGAGUGCGUCCUCUGAAGAAAUUGCCCGUGUUUUUAACUCUGUUUGCAAACCUGCAUGAGCACCUAGUAGUGAUUUAAUGGCUGCCUAUAUAAAUCGCUCAUUGUCUCAAAUGGCUGGAGAUGGCCCUUCAAUAAGGGGGUCAUCUUUGGUUGGAGGGCCUGGUGGUGAUACAAGAAACUUACAUGACUCAACUUCUCCACUACAGAUAUUCGUCAAAGCCAAAAAGAAGAUCAAUGGAAUAUUUGUGGAAAUUGAAGACUAUGUCAGGAAUACAGCUUCAUAUAUGCAAAGUCUGGAAAAAGAACAAAAUAUUAUCCAGCCAGAAGAAAGGGUGCAGGUGGAAAGUUACAUUCAAAAAGUUAAAGGCAUUAGAGAUGUCCUCACAAGGGAUCACAUGAAAGUGGCCUUUUUUGGAAGGACAAGUAAUGGGAAGAGCACGGUGAUAAAUGCCAUGUUAAGAGACAAGAUCCUACCUAGUGGCAUUGGUCAUACAACCAACUGUUUUCUACAAGUUGAAGGAUCAGAAAAUGGAGAAGCGUACCUUGUGACUGAAGACUCAAAAGAGAAGCAGAAUGUAAAGUCUGUUGGACAGUUGGCACAUGCUCUCUGCAAAGAACGUUUGGGUGAAAGUACACUUGUCAGAAUAUUCUGGCCAAAAGAUAAAUGCCUUCUGCUGAGAGAUGAUGUAGUAUUUGUGGACUCACCAGGUAUUGAUGUGUCACCAAAUCUUGAUGAGUGGAUUGACCGUCACUGCCUUGAUGCAGAUGUCUUUGUUCUUGUUGCCAACGCAGAAUCUACUCUUAUGGUUACGGAGAAAAACUUCUUCCACAAAGUCUCAACUCGACUCUCUAAGCCAAAUAUUUUUAUUUUGAACAAUCGAUGGGAUGCCUCGGCUUCAGAACCUGAAUUUUUGGAUCAGCGCAAUGAACAGAGUGAGGUAAGAGGACAACAUAUGGAACGAACAGUUGAUUUUCUUGUGAGAGAGCUGAAAGUUUGUUCCCAGAAGGAAGCUAAUGAGAGGAUAUUUUUUGUGUCCGCUAAAGAGGUCUUACAAGCAAGGGUGAUGGAACAGAAGGGACAACCUGCUCAUGCUGGUGCUCUGGCAGAAGGAUUUCCUACGCGAUACUUUGAAUUUCAGGAUUUUGAACGAAAGUUUGAAGAAUGCAUUUCUAAAAGUGCAGUGAAAACAAAAUUUGCACAGCACUCCCAAAGAGGAAAGCUUAUUGCUUCAGAGAUACACACAGUAAUGGAUGGUGUCUAUGAGCGGGCUGAGCAGUUGAAAUCUGAAAAAGCUCUGGCAAAAAAGGAACUUUACGACAGGCUUAACUACACGGAACAGCAGCUGCGAAUGAUUACUCAGGAAAUGAAGGAAAAAAUACACCAGAUGGUUGAAGAUGUAGAGCAAAGGGUCUCCAAAGCUCUCAGUGAGGAAAUUCGCCGUUUGUCUGUCCUUGUGGAUGAGUUCAACUUACCAUUUCAUCCAGAACAAUUGGUUCUCAAUGUGUACAAGAAAGAACUGCAUGCUCAUGUGGAAAAUGGACUGGGUAGCAAUCUUCGUGCACGGCUUUCUACAGCAUUGGCCAUGAACAUUGAGAACAGUCAACGAGAAAUGACAGAAAGAAUGUCAUCACUCCUACCUCCAGAGAAAAAACAAGUAUCAUUAAGUGUCCUACCCCGUAGGGAACCUUUUGAGAUACUGUAUCGGCUCAAUUGUGAUAACCUGUGUGCAGAUUUUCAUGAAGAUCUGGAAUUUCGGUUUUCAUGGGGCAUUACAGCAUUGAUAAAUAGAUUCACUGGCAAACAAGGACAUCGAAUUGCAUUACACAAUUAUGCUCACAUGGUACCGCGUGACAUUCUUUCUCCGUCAGAGACCUUGGAUGUUGCACAGAUAAAAUUUCCUACUAACCAACCAAGCGAUGAUUGGUCUAUACCAUCUAGGUUACUGAUGGCAUCCAUUGGUUCACAAGGCACAAUGGGUGGGCUUCUGGUUGCUGGGUUUUUACUGAAGACUGUAGGCUGGCGACUUAUACUGGUGACGGGAGCAGUGUAUGGUUGCCUGUACUUAUACGAAAGAUUGACAUGGACCAACAAAGCAAAAGAGCGUGCGUUCAAAAGGCAGUAUGUUGCACAUGCUACAAAGAAACUCCGGCUAAUUGUUGAUUUGACUUCUGCCAACUGCAGUCACCAAGUACAACAGGAGCUUUCAAGCACAUUUGCUCGUCUUUGUCACCUAGUGGAUGAGGCAUCAACUGACAUGGAUGAGGCCAUAAAGUCACUUGAGAAAGAGCUCAGGACUUUGGAGGAGGCAGCUGCAUCUGCUAAGAGUUUGCGUAAUAAAGCAAACUACCUUGCACAGGAGCUAGCUAUGUUUGAAGAGACUUACCUGCAGUGUGAUAAUUAAUAGCUUAUUAUUACUUAGGCACUUGUAUAAAUGUGCAGUCAACAGCAUGAAACACUCACUACUAAUCACCGGCAAUUAACAGUUAAUAGUACUCAAGCAGUAAGUGGCUUGGGACUUAACACAUACCAUUGUGAUAUGUUUCAAGUUGUAAGCUGUGCAGUGCUUGGUGGUGACUUCUGUUAAAAAAACAUAAUGUCAUUGCUGUUUCACUGCACAUGAUGGUCCUGUUAUAAUUGUUAGUCUGCUCGUAGCAGAUUCUGGAAAGAGUCAUAGAUUACGUGUAGUGUAAACUGAAUGCACAGUUUGAGUAAAGUGCAAUAACCAUGUCUUACAAAUCAGAGUCCAGUUUGGAUAUCCUGUAGUCAAUGAGGAUAUCGCAACAUGAUUAUAUUGCUUUAUUGCUCAUCAUUGUUAAAUCACGAUGUAUAAAAAUUCAUCUGUAUUUAUUCAUAAAUGUAUAUUGUUAAAACUUGUCAUUUUGUGAAUUAUCAUAUGUUAGUAAAAAAGCUUGAAUCUAUGAUAGGUUGUCUGUUUACCUAUAAAUUAAGUAUACCGUUGGGUGUGCUCUGUACAGUUGUUGAUGUGAUCUUCAGUUCUGUAUAUGAUGAUGUCCUGUGAUUUCUACCUUGGGAAGAAAUAUUUAUAAAUCCAUUUUCUGUAUACAGAGUUGUAAUAUUUAUGACAAUAUUUGUACCACAUUAGUAUUAAUGAGCAUGAAAUAACAUAAUUUGACAGGUGUUCAAUAGCUAGGAAUGGAGAAUUUGAUUUGAAGCUGAGUGUUCCUAAGGCAUCUGUUCUUCAGAACAUUAAAAGUCUAAUAAUUGAAUUUCAUGAAGUGGUCAUCAUCAUUUUGUAUGAGAUGAGCUUUAAUCAUCACUACUGUUCACUCAAUAUUUUGCCAUUAAGAAUUUACCCACGACACACACACACACACACACACACACACACACACACACACACACAAGUAUCAGACUACAGUGCCUUAAAUGUCUCAUAAAACAUCAGAAUGCAUAGUAUGUCACCGAAAUAUUGCUUUCAUUAGUCCUUGAUAGAAAGCAUACUUAACAAAAUUACUUGCAAAUAUGAAAUAUGGUGGUUUUAUUUGAAGUUAUAAUUUCUUAUGGUUAGUACAAAGUAUUUGUUUUAUCACCUAAGGACAUUACUGGUUAAACAGUGUUAAUACGACGACAUUCAAAAGCAAAAGUGAGUAAAAGUAAAUAAAUGGUGUUUCUAUGAUAAUACUCAUUUUAUCAUUACGGAUUUUUUGUUAAAUAAAUUGCAGAAGCAGAUUUUCUUAAUUACAGAAUUAAUAAGUAAUACACAAAACAUUUCAUUAAAAUAACAGGACUAUUGUUUUGACAGCUAAGUUAGAUUUUUAGAUUUUGUAGAAUGUUUUUAAUACUUCAUUCUAAUUAAUAAUAGCUGACAGCUUUGUUUGUAACUGCAUAUGCAAGUCGUGAUAUUUUAUUCUUUAACAUUGUUUAUGCUACAAAGGAUAUGUUCCAUGUAGCAUAUUGUAAGAAUUAUCUUGGCAGUAAUGUCAAAAGUGCAGUGUUACAUAUAGUUUAUGAAAGACUUGCAACUAAAGUUAUCUCGAGGCACACUAGGAAACAAAGACAUUUACACUUGAUAAUUCUACCCAUUGUACUUAGGUGUAGGAUAAACCAUUAUUUGUACAUGAGCAUGAUUAAAACUCGAAAAUACUAUACUUCUAUUGCUGUUUUCAAAAUCAGGUAAAUGAAAAGGAAGAAGAAGAAAAAGUUAGAUGAGAGGUAGAGCACUGUAAUAGAGUAAGAGAAACACUCUCUCUCUCUCUCUCUCUCUCUCUCUCUCUCUCUCUCUCUCUCUCUCUCUCUCUCUGUGUGUGUGUGUGUGUGUGUGUGUGUGUGUGUGUGUGUGUGUGUGUGUGUGUGUGUGUGUGUGUGAAUAGACUUUCACUACAUUAAACUGGGAGACUGUGGAAUGUGUACUUAAACACACUACAGAUUUGCUAGUCACAGCAGGCCAAACAGAGCCUGUGGUUAGAAGUAUGUGGCAGUAACAUCACUGUGGUAUGUUGAAAAGUCUUACAGUUCCAUAUCUUUAUGUGUGGAACACCAGCAUCUUCUUUUCAGAAUUUUAUUCUAUUGUAUUUAAGGGGAAUAGACCCACUUUAAAAAAAAAAAAAAGUCAAUCUAUGGAAUGCAAGAGGUACUUAUAUUGAAAUUAAACAAGAAAAAUGCAGAAAUAUUUAUAUAUGUUACCAGCUUUCCUUUUCUUCUCUUACAGGCAUCAUCUCACUAUUCUUGGAGCAUUUACUGCUCUUUAUUUUGCCAGUUAAAUUUAUGAUGUGCCACACUUCACUCCAAUUUUGUUUUGACCAAACUUAUUGAUUUUGUGUGAUUUGUUUUAAUAGUGAAAUAAUUCUGCUGCUAGUGCUUAAUUAACAUUUGGAGAUUACACUGAAACAAAGUUGUACAGGUCUACAAGUAUGACUAUUGCCUCUGUCAUUGAGUUGCUUUAUUGACUCAGGAUAUUUCAGAUUUAACAAGAGUUCCUUGUACAGACGACAAAAUAAAAUCGAAAAUAAAUUUGAGUACAAAAUA